AUGUCUGUAGUCAAUGAUCAACCAGGUGAAUCAAAGGUAUCAGGACUAGUCGACGGGAAGAAUGGCAUCGAAUACGUAGAACAUGAAGAGAAGGAUAUUGCCAUUCAAGAUGAUCCACAUAACUGGUCAAGAAGAAAGAAAAGCCUUAUUCUGGCAACGAUAUCUGCUGCUGGAAUGAUAAACAUACUGUCAAAUGAAAUACUUUACCCCUCGUUGCCAACAAUAAAGAAUGAAUUCGAUACAACACAAACGGUGGCGAAUUCUCUAAUCGGAGUGUAUAUUCUGAGCAUGGGAAUAUGUCCACUCGGUUGGGCUGCAUACUCGGAUAAACAUGGAGCAAGACGUAAUGUUUAUCUCUUGUCAUCUGCAACAUUAGUUAUUGCAUCGACAGUUUGCGCUCUGUCACCAAACAUCUGGCUGUUGAUUAUUAUGAGAGCACUACAAGCAUCUGGGGCAUCGGCAGUGCAGAGCGUUGGAGCCGGAACGCUAAGUGACAUAUACAGAGUUGAAGAUCGUGGAACUGCAUAUGGAAUUCAAUUCGGAGGAGUAUUACUUGCUCCACUGGCGGGACCAGUCAUUGGCGGUUAUAUUGACGAAUACUUGGGAUGGAGGUGGAUUUUCUGGCUGCUCGUCAUUCUUGGAACGCUCUUGUUCGGAGUAAUGUUUUUCCUACCAGAAACAUAUAGAAUACCAAACGAAUCAGAAAAGUGUAUAGAGGGUAGCGAAGAAAGAGAGGACGAGAGACUACCAGUGACAUGUAACGAUGUGAUCAACUAUGAACUAGAAAAGCAAGAGGACCUGAAUGAGACAAGAAAAAACGAUAAUCAAAUUCGUAUUGACAUCCCUCUAGAUAUGUCUAAAGCAUCCAUGAAUCCGUCAUCUCCAACCUCUCCUACCACGACUCUUUUCUCUUCAUCCCCAACAUCUACUACCAUUGCUCCAACAUCUCCAACCACUAACCUUUCACCCUCGGCUCUUACAUUUCCUACAACUCUUCCGACUUGCUCAUCUCCAACACUCCCGCCCCAGCCUAAAAAAAAGCAUAAUCGGUUAUCUUCCAUAUUUCUCUUCCUAUCACCUCUCCGCCUACUGCGUUAUCCGAAUGUCGCACUCGUGGUCGCAUGCAUCUCCAUAUUGUUUUCCACGGGAUACACGCAAGACACACUUGUGUCGGCUACGUUUCAAGUUGACCAUUAUUCUUUAUCACCUUCCACAUCAGGGUUUGUAUUUUUAUCUAGCGGGUCAGGAUACAUCAUAGGAAGCGUGUUGGGCGGAAAGUACACGGAUAUGAUGCUUGCAAGGCAGACAAGGAAGAACAACGGAGUGCAAUACGCAGAAAUGAGAUUGAAAAGCGCAUGGUUGGGAGCCAUCUUCUUUCCGGUAGCUAUUAGUGCUUAUGGCUGGUGUGUAGAGAAAAGUGUGUUCAUUGCAUGGCCUCUGCUUGCUAUGUUUUUUGAUGGCAUAAGCAUGUUUCUAAUAACUUCAAGUAUGGUGUCUUACCUGAUUGAUGCAUUUCCUGGACUGUCAGCAUCAGUUAUGUCGGUCAACAUUUGUCUGCGGUACAUCUCCGCUUCUGUAAUGUCUAUCAUUGCUACUCCAAUAAAAGAUGCAAUUGGCAAUGGGUGGCUAUUUACGAUACUAGGUUGUCUUGAGAUCUUGGGAGCUUGUCUGCUGACAGUUACAUAUUUUAAGGGCAGAGAGUGGAGGGAGAAGAUUAACAUGAGGGAAAAGGUGAAAGAGGAUGAAAGGGGUUAUGGUAAAGAGCUGUGGGAUACACAUUCAACCCAGAUAAAGAGGAGUGCUGUGUUAGAACGUGUGCAGAAAAAACAACAUGCAUCUCACAUAAAAUUGAAUGUCUAUUCUGACAUUCAUACUAGUGAUAUAAUCACAAAAUAUGAGAAGAGCUCAGACAAGGAUAAUGAAGAAGGCAUAAUUGAUUUUGAUACAAUUUCCUUUGAUACAUGGACAGAAACUGGCAAGAGUAAUGAAGGAUGGAAAUUGAAGAGUAGUAAAAUGAGGUAUUCGAAGGAGGAGCUGAGACAAGUGAUUCACCAGGCAAUUAUGACAGUGAAAAAGUUUUACAAGCUGAACUUGGAAAAGUAUCUAAAACUACUUGAAAUUCCUUUGAAGUUUGAUGAUGCAUAUGAAGAGAAGAAAACUGCUUCUGAUUUGACAUGGAAUAAUCUGGAAAUGGGGAGAACAUUAGAACCUGAAGCAUAUAACUAUUUUAUGGAUCCAGCAGAACAUAUUAAUAUGAAAGUAACAGCCCCUCCACUUAUUAAGGAUAAGUGUGGUGAGUUUGUUUUUAAUUUCAUAGACAGUAUUAUGGAUAUUCUGAAUUAUAAAGGUUUACACAAUAAGAGCUGGAAGGAAUCUAACAAGAAAUCACAGAAGUUGCAGGAGGCAUGUUGUGGGGAAACAUUAAUAAGAGAGUUGCUAAAUGUACCAGAAGAACAACAGCAACAAUUGAAGUACAGCACAAGAUAUUAA